AUGAAGUUUUCACUCGUUCUCAUUGCUGCAGUUGCUGGCUUCACAGCAGCCAGCCCUAUCGCUUCCAAGGGCGCCGAGCCUCCCAGCAUCUACCGACGCGAGGAGGACACUCAACGGGGUGGCAUCCCCUGGAAGCGCGAGGAGGACACCCAGCGUGGCGGAAUUCCCUGGAAGCGUGAGGAGGAUACCGAACGGGGCGGUAUCCCGUGGAAGCGCGAGGAGGAUACCGAGCGCGGCGGCAUCCCGUGGAAGCGCGAGGAGGAUACCGAGCGCGGCGGCAUCCCAUGGAAGCGCGAGGAGGAUACCGAACGGGGCGGCAUCCCGUGGAAGCGUGAGGAGGAUACUGAGCGCGGCGGCAUCCCAUGGAAGCGCGAGGAGGAUACUGAGCGCGGCGGCAUCCCAUGGAAGCGUGAGGAGGAUACCGAACGGGGCGGCAUCCCAUGGAAGCGCGAGGAAGAUACUGAGCGCGGCGGCAUCCCCUGGAAGCGCUCUCGAGGAGCUUAUUAG